AAAAGAAAAUAUAUAAGCGAAGCAGCGCGAAAAGUCAAUACAGAGACUAAAGUCAGCAAUCGAGAGAACUACGCAGCAGCAGCAGCGAAUUGAGAAUCUUACAAGCAGUUCCUCGAUCUACAGCAGCGACUCGACUCGACUCGACUCCAAACUAAAAAUGUCGUCAAAUUGGCUGAUGCUCUUCGGCAUGCUAAUGCUAUUCGCAGGUGGCUCGGAGGGCGCCUCGAAACGCUUCUUUAGGGAGUUCCUGCAAGAUCUGCCCACGCCGGGCACUGGCGGACCGACAUUCGACACCACCGUGACCGCCAACAUAACCGGGCUCGUUGGCAAAACUAUUAAGUUGACCUGUCGUGUCAAGAAUCUGGGAAAUCGCACGGUGUCCUGGGUGCGUCAUCGGGAUAUUCAUCUGCUGACUGUUGGCCGCUAUACUUACACCUCUGAUCAGCGCUUUGAGGCAAUGCAUUCGCCUCAUGCCGAGGACUGGACAUUGCGUAUACGUUAUGCUCAGCGCAAGGAUUCGGGCAUAUACGAGUGCCAGAUUUCAACUACGCCGCCAAUUGGACACUCUGUCUAUCUAAAUAUAGUUGAGCCCAUCACUGAGGUCGUUGGCGGUCCGGAGCUGCACAUCAACAAAGGAUCCACCAUCAAUUUGACUUGCAUUGUGAAAUUCGCACCGGAACCACCACCAACUGUCGUCUGGUCGCACAAUAGUCAGGUCAUAAAUUUCGAUUCACCUCGCGGCGGCAUAUCAUUAGUCACUGAGAAAGGUGUGCUGACCACCAGUCGGCUCCUGGUGCAGAAGGCCAUACAGGCGGACUCGGGAGUCUACACCUGUUCCCCCUCCAAUGCCAAUCCGACUACGGUGCGCGUGCACAUCGUCGAUGGCGAGCACCCAGCAGCCAUGCACCACGGCAACUCCGCGUCCCUUCAACCACCGACGCUGUUGUCCCUGCUCUUGCUCACCUGCAUAGUUCUGCUGCUGCUGCUGGAUCCCAACACCAACACCAACACCAACGCCAAUGCCAACGCCAACGCCAAUGCCAAUGUCAAUGCCGAAGCCAAUGUCAACGCCCACCAAGCCACAAUCGCUUUAGCUGCUGCUGCGGUCAACGCUGCCGCCACCGCUAAGAAGCCAAAGCGAGCUGAGCUGAAGUUGCGUCGUCGUCGUCGCUUCCAGGAGCAGCCGCCUGCUGCGGCUCCGACUCCGACUCCGACUCCGUUCGAUCAACUAUAAGCUGCGGGCCCCCGCACCAUGGCCACUGGGCCCAGUUACUAAGUUUGACAACUCUUCAGUUUUUGCAGCCAUGGAAACGUAAGCGAACACUAAUACUAACAACACACACACACGCACACACGAAAGAUUAUGAAAAAAAAGUUGAAGAAACUUUUCAAAAAAUUGAAGUUGGACUUGAACCAUGCGCUGCACUUAGUUCAUGCCAAGAAAGCGCAUGUAAAAAAUUAAGACACACACACACGCACACACACACACUCAUACACACAUACAUUGUAUAUAGCGACAUUUGCGUAAUUUUCAGCUAUUUGCCAUAGUUAAAACGUCUAACAAAUCAAAUUUGUAUCAUUUCGUUUUCAAACGUUGAUUCAACUUUUGCUCUCUAACUCUCUCUCGCUCUCGCUCCCUCAACUCAAAAUCAAACGCAAGCAGCUAACAUACACACACACACACACAUAUACAGUAUAUAAUGAUUACAGAGAUUUUUCUGGUUUAACUCUUAAGCUAUAGAUGUCUAAACAAUAUAUA